UGUGCACAGGAAGUAACGUGCUAUAUUCAAUAUACUGCAUUUUCUGGAUAGCUGCAGUGACUGUGAUUGAAGGGUGGAAUGGAAGGCGCCUCUGUUGACAUGGACCCUGAACUUGCUCGCCAGUUGUUUUUUGAGGGAGCAACACUGGUGUUCUUGGGAGUACCAGAGGGCUCUGAAUUUGGAAUUGACUGUAACAGCUGGCAGGUAGGCCCACGUUUCAAAGGAGUGAAGAUGGUGCCUCCUGGAGUGCACUUCGUCCACUACAGUGUGAAAAGGAAGGAUGGGGCUGCAAGUGAGACAGGCCCCCGGACCGGGAUUUUCCUACACUUACAACAGAAGGAAAUCCGCCUCCUACACUGGAAUCCUCAGGAUGAAUUGAUGGUACCGGCUCCUGAGGAAGAGGCAGAGAAGCUGCGGGAGCAAUUAACAUCCCUCGAUCCAUUCUUGGGUCCUUAUCCAUAUGAAAGCCUGCGCUGCUGGGUCUCACUAAGCAGCCACAUUAACAAAGAGGUCAUAGGAAGACUUCAGCCAGUCUGUGGGAACAUCUACGCCUUCCCAGAGGUCCUACCCACAGAAAACAUGACACUCACAGAGGAUCGAGCCAAGCACAACCUACCAAAAUACGACUCGGUAUGUCAGAGCUAUAAAGAAGGCAUGUCCCGACUUCCCCUGAUGAAACAAAAAGCUGGUACAGAGAUCCGGUUCAGCCAGUUGCCUGCUAAGUUGUACCCAGAGAAUGCCACCCCGGCCGAGGUCACCAAGCAUAGCAUGGACCUUUCCUACGCCCUGGGGUGUCUACUGGAAACAAAUUACCCUGGACAUCCUUUAGAAGUGCUUGCUGAGUUGCAGUUUUCCUUUGUGUGUUUUCUGCUGGGAAAUGUUUACGAGGGUUUUGAGCAGUGGAAAGGGCUACUGAACCUUCUGUGCCGAUCAGAGACCUUUGCCCUCCAGCAACCUGACUUGUACAGCGAAGUUAUCUCCAUCCUGUACCACCAGCUGGCACAAGUACCAACUGAUUUCUUCAUAGACAUUGUGUCCCAGGACAACUUCCUGACCAGCACACUGCAGGUACUCUUCUCCUUCCUGUGUUCACCCUCAGCAGAUAAAUCGGUCCGGAAGAAAGCCAUGAGAUUUCGAGCUCACCUAACCAAAAAAUUCCAGUGGGACUUUGAAGAGGAACCUUUGGACUGUGCACCCAUUGUUGUCCAGCUGCCUGAAGGUUGGGAUAACACUGCCUGAGACAAAACAAGUGAAUAUUUGCUAAUUAAAUGGCCUAAUGAUUAUAGACUAUAAAGAGCCAAUAGACUGUAAAA